AUGCGUGUUAUACCAGUACAGUACGAAAGUUUGAAAGCGAUUUUGCCGUACAUAGAACCAAAUACACGAUUCCAAAUCUCCCUGCGCAUACCAUCUAUCAGUUCUCUCGAAAAAAGAUUAUCAUUGAAAAUUGUGAAUUUGAAGUUUUCAAAAACAGGAUUGGAAAUAAAUGGAGCUCGCUACCGUCUAGGUGUAUACUGCGAAAUAAAAGAUAAAAAAGUGUCCUCUGAGAUUCAAAUGUCAAUGCUACCGAUGUCACAUGAUAUUGAUGAACACGGAUUCACUAUUUCUCUGGGAAUCAACACAGUGCUCCCUGGAGAUGUGGAUUUGAGAAGGGAAAUCUUGAGAAAUUCACAAAACGAUACAGAUAGAAGAGAACGUCUUCUAGUCCAGGAGUUGAGAGGGCUCAAGAAGAUCUUGGCCGAGCGUUGGGAGUACACAGAGCAAGAUGAGUUCCCAACUGUUCCUUCAUAUCCAGAGUAUCGAGCUGAGAUACAUUGGAAACAAUCUUCUGUGAGACUGAUUCGAGAUCGGAUAAACUCAUUACAAACCGCUUUGGAACCUUUCAAGCAUCGCCGCAAUAACACAAAACCACCGUUCACCAACUGGAUUCAAUUGACUGUGACUUCACAGAGAAGAGGUCUGAUCCAAAGGAUUCCUUACAAUAAGAAUCUGUUCGUGGCAAUGAAAAUGCUAAUCUCUACAAUGUUUGGUAAGCGAAGUUCAAUCAUAUCGGUGAAGAAUGUGACCAUUGAUUUUUGCGAUUAUAUUCUUCGUUUUCCUGUGGAAACCAAACUGAGAAUUCAAUCAUUGGAUCUGCUCAGUUGGAAUGCAUCCAAUUUUCAAGCAUUCAGUCGAAUUAUUGAUAAGUCUUCGUUCCCUCUUCAACAAUUAACAAUGAAAUGUGGUGCUCGUCGCUCAAGAUUUGAACAUGUAAUUGUUAAAGAUGCGAGGACUCUUAUCAUUGACAAAACCACAACCAUAUCACGCCCAUGGAUUCCAAUUCUUCGCAACCUAACCAACCGACAUUUGUAUUUGAAACAACAAAGUAGAAAUGAAUCUCAUGUAGACUACGUGAACUUUAUCAGCAGUUGGUUGGAGAACGGACGCCCCGUUGGAACUUCUUGGACAGCUAUCAUGAAGGAAGAAACUGUCAAGCGGGUUUUAAUCAAUUUGAAAAUGAGACCAGAUGUUGUUGCAGUGUCAGAUAACUAUGUUGAACUACGUGUCAACGCUUCAUCGAGUCUCCAAGUUUUUUAUAAAGCUUUACAACCAUCGGACCCCUACACAAAAUGGUUGUUGAACUGGAGAGUUGUUCGGCCACAAUCCACCACUUCGAUUGAUCAUUUCUCAGGAAUCUCCCAGGUUGCUCAAUCAUUUCAUAAGAAACUUCGAGCAUCAAUGCAGCAUUGA